AUGCCGUAUCCCAAUGAAAUCUUGGACAGCGCACUCGAUGCUGUUGGGCACACACCUCUCAUUCGGCUCGACAAGAUAGCUGAGCAGGAAGGCCUUCAGUGCAAUCUCCUCGGCAAAGUGGAAUUUACCUCUAUCGGAGGUUCGGUGAAAGAUAGGAUCGCGAAGCGCAUGGUUGACCAAGCGGAGAAAGAGGGAAAGCUCAUUCCCGGCCAAAGCGUGGUUAUCGAGCCCACAUCUGGCAACACUGGCAUUGGCCUAGCGAUGGCCUGCGCAGUGAAGGGAUAUUCUGUGAUCAUCACAAUGCCUGACAAGAUGUCACUUGAGAAAGAAGCUGCUCUCCGCGCACUCGGGGCCGAAGUGGUUCGCACUCCCACAGAAGCCGCAUGGGAUUCACCCGAGUCACAUAUAGGAGUGGCGCGGAAACUGGAACGUGAAAUUCCUGGCGGAGUUAUACUUGACCAGUAUGGCAAUGUUAAUAACCCGCUUGCCCAUGAAUUCACCACAGGACCCGAGAUUAUUGAGGCGGUCGCGUCCACGCCUUCUACUCCGGACAGGCCCUCCUCAGGCAAAGUCGAUGCGCUGGUAGCAGGUGCUGGGACGGGUGGAACGAUCACAGGUUUAUCUCGUGCAAUCAAGAAGACCCACAACCACGACUGUGUUGUGGUGGGCGUCGAUCCCGAGGGUAGCAUUCUCGCUGCGCCCGAGUCAUUGAACACGGAACACGCUGGUAUUCAGUACGUCGUGGAAGGCAUCGGUUACGACUUUAUUCCAGCGGUGCUAUCGCGUCAUGAAGUUGAUACCUGGAUCAAGACAUCUGAUGAUGAAGCCUUCGCAGCUGUCAGAAAGCUAAUGCGGACAGAAGGACUUCUAGUGGGAGGAAGUAGCGGAAGUGCCUUGAGUGGUGCUCUCGAGUGGCUGAAGACCGAGCAAGGCAAAGCGAUUGCGCAGACAAAGGGGGCAAACGUUGUCAUACUGCUGGCCGAUGGCAUUAGAAACUACAUGAGCAAGACGUGGUUUUUGAAGAUGGCGCUCGAGUCCGAGCCGACCCCGCUUGGCAGCCGUAUAGCCGAUAUACUGAAGCCGACACAGAAUGUGAAGUAG